UCCAUAGACAAGUAGCAGUGGUGAUACAAAUACACACACUAAUUACAAGAUGGGAAACAUAUGGAGUUUAGAUCUGGAGAUAGAGGUUUACAAAUGGUCAAGUGCAGAGUAUCCUCAAGAGUACGCUGUGGUAUACACUUGCGUCAAUGAUAAAUCUAAGUUCAGCAUCUUUCGUUUGAGCGUGAGACCAGAAAAGGUGCUACUGAGACUCGCAGAUUCUUUGUGCGAUGAUCACCCCAUUCGCGUCCACAUGGAGCUCAUUGCUGAAAGAGAUAAUAACUACCGAUAUUUCAACUAUCGGCUGGUGAGAGUGGUUGAAGCAGGCACUACUUAUGAUCCAUCAUCCACUAACGACGACAAGGUAAGCUUCAUCACUAUAUUAUGUCAUAAGAGAGCUUCUUCCUAUUCUGUGACGCGUCCCGGUGAGAAUAAAAUGACUUGGAAGGUUGAGCAUUCUUCAUGCUGCCAAGGUUUUCUAGCGGAAUUGAGUUUUCACGUCAACAUUGAGUGCCAUAAAGUAAAUGGACUUUCGGUCAAGUUUAGAGGUCCCUUCAAAUUCAAGGCUCCGCGUAUCAUCACAGAGAGUUUGCUUGAACGCUCUACUCCACACAUUCAGCGCCAGGUCAAUGGAGAACCCCCAAACUCUAUCAAUGCUUUUGUUGAGAGUGCGUUCACAGGGAAUGAAUAUAUCCUCUUCCAAGCAGAAGGGAGAGGGAACAGUGGUGGCACUGAAGCUUCUGCGCAAGGAACGAGAGUCACUGUUAACAACACUGCUGCACAGUUUCAUGGCAACGAAACGUAGCCGUCAUCUUCCCCGUGUGCCAAAACUUUAGCUCUGCUAGGGUUAGCUCCCGCUCACUCGUACCAGCUCAAGAGUCCUCUUCAUUUCGCAUAACUCCUAAGUCUCUGCUCGGAGCUGCUGUGCUCUACGUUGCUUGCCAAAUCCUGUGUUAAACCCUUCCAGGUAAGGGAAGCUAAAACCCACUCGUGUACCACGUUUUUACUGUUGUUUUACUUGUGUGUUGAGAGUCUUGGGCUGAUUUGAUGUUCUGAGUGCUUGAAAUGUUUUGGUGUGUUGUUUGGAUUUGGUGAGUGCUACUGUUACAGGAGAACAGUGGCGAGACCUGUUAAUCUCGCCCAAGCGAGCCAGUCUCGCCUA